AUGCGCCGGUCUGUAUAUCAGCUAAGCAAGGAACUCCCAAUCUCUGAGGACGAGGUUGCGUGUCUGGUGAAGAAGGUGAUGCGUGAAUGCCCAUCAGCCUUCAAUUCCCAAUCCUCACGUGCUGUGAUCCUCUUUGGAGAGCAACACACAAAGCUAUGGAACCUAACGAAGGAUAAGCUAAAGGCGACAGUGAAACCCGAUUCCUACAAUGAGGCCGCCAAGAAGAUUGAUGGGUGCUUCGCCCCCGCUGCCGGUACCAUAUUGUUUUUCGAGGAUAAAAGUGUUGUUGAAGGACUUGUCAAGUCGUACCCCGCAUACGCAGAAGGUUUCCCAGUGUGGUCAACUGAAUCAUCAGGUAUGGCUCAAUUCGCCGUGUGGACAGCACUUGCAGAAAAAGGUAUCGGUGCGUCUCUGCAGCACUACACAUCACUGAUCGGUGAGGCGGUGACGGCGGAGUGGAAGCUUCCGGCAACAUGGGAGAUGCAUGCACAAAUGCCAUUUGGAAAGCCACUGGAGAAGUGUGGCGAGAAGACGUACAUGCCGGAUGAAGAACGCUUUAAGGUGUUUAAAUAA